CUGUUUGCCCCACCCCAUCUAUUCUGCUCUGUCUAUCUCAAUGUGCUAUUCCCGGAGAAAAAGGGGAAAAUAAUACCUUCAAUAAUUGGUUAUUCCCGUGUUUAAUCUCCCACCACCAGCCCAGGAGGGGACUGCCGUCAUAGUGGAAUGUGUUAUUACAAUCCGCGUUAUAUUUAUGAAUGUAUAUGCACAUGUAAGCUCUACCUACCAUUCGAAUUCAAAAGAAAUAUGCAAGAAACUGGAAACAUUCGAAGGAUUUUUGUAUUUUCUUCAUGUUUAGAAGAAUCAGAACCCAUUUAAGAAUGUGUUGGGGACUAUCAAAGCGCUAUUAGGAACCUUGCUGAUGUGAGUAGGGGUACACAUUUCAGCAACAAAAGAAAAGACAGAGAAGGCCCUUUGGAUUGAGAAAAAACAGCAAAGAACAGCCAUCACAGAAACGGGGAAAAAUCAAUUAUUUCGGGGAUCUAAACUGAAAAUCGGACUCACAGUUUAGAUCGAGGAUCAUUUUAUGGAUAUAAAAGAAGUUGAAUGAAGACGGAAGCAAUGGAAAUAUUACACAUGUAGUUCGUUAAGUGUAGCCUUAAUAUAGUUUUAUUUCUCUAGUUUAUCUAUAGGCUAUGCGUAGAGAAAUGCCGUUUUAAGGAAAUAAACAGAAAAUAGGCCUUUUCCCCAAAAUAUGUUUAUUAUAACUUUUGCCAAAAAGAUCCAUGUCAUUGUACAGCCGAGUUUCUGUGUCAUGCCGAGUUUGGGUCCCUGUCACAGGCAACAGUGAGACGUGAGACCCGGGCUGUUCGUGAGAUGAAAAUAGGCUAUUUAUCCCCUCCUCAAUUGAAUGUGAAAGUGGUAAAAGCCUCAAUCAACCUUAACAUCUGUGGAUGGUCAUCAAUAUCGGUAUAUAAAAACUAUAUGUGAAGAAGGAAAACCCUAACAGAAUUGACCAAGUGAGAGGGCGGCCUGGGUGUCGUCAUCAACAGUCUCCUACCCUCUGACAGCAAGAUCUACUGAAAAUACGCAUUAUGUACACAUAAUUACAAGCGCGAUGGGUUGUUUGGGCAACAGCAAGACUGAAGAUCAGCGAAAUGAGGAGAAGUCACAAAGAGAAGCAAACAAAAAGAUAGAGAAACAACUUCAGAAGGACAAACAGAUAUAUAGAGCAACUCACAGGCUACUACUUUUGGGGGCUGGUGAGUCAGGGAAGAGCACCAUAGUGAAACAGAUGCGGAUCCUCCAUGUGAAUGGCUUCAAUGCAGAAGAGAAGAAGCAGAAAAUUCAUGAUAUCAAGAAUAAUAUUAAAGAAGCUAUUGAGACCAUAGUAGCAGCUAUGAGUACACUGACGCCUCCCGUUCAGCUCGCCAGUCAACACAACCAAUACCGAAUCCAAUACGUCCUCAACCUAGUCAAUCAGAAGGACUUUGAAUUCACAUCUGAGUUUUAUGAAAAUGCAAAGACUCUCUGGCAGGAUGAGGGCGUGAGGGCGUGUUUUGAGAGAUCCAAUGAGUACCAGCUGAUCGACUGUGCGCAGUACUUUCUAGACAAGAUUGACAUUGUGAAACGGAGUGACUACACUCCCACUGAUCAGGACCUACUGAGAUGCAGAGUGCUCACCUCUGGGAUCUUUGAGACCAGAUUUCAGGUGGACAAAGUCAAUUUUCACAUGUUUGACGUUGGUGGUCAAAGGGAUGAACGUCGGAAAUGGAUCCAGUGCUUUAACGAUGUAACAGCCAUUAUUUUCGUGGUGGCCAGUAGCAGCUACAACAUGGUGAUCCGGGAGGACAAUCAGACCAACCGUUUGCAGGAGGCUCUGAAUCUAUUCAAGAACAUCUGGAACAACAGGUGGCUGCGGACCAUUUCUGUCAUCCUAUUCCUCAACAAACAGGACCUGCUAGCAGAGAAGGUUUUGGCUGGGAAAUCAAAAAUUGAAGAGUACUUCCCAGAGUUUGCACGCUACACCACACCGGACGAUGCAACACCAGAACCAGGGGAGGAUCCACGCGUCACGAGGGCAAAGUACUUCAUACGAGAUGAGUUCCUGAGGAUCAGCACAGCCAGCGGAGACGGCAGGCACUAUUGUUACCCCCAUUUUACCUGUGCCGUCGACACGGAAAACAUCCGCCGGGUCUUCAACGACUGUCGGGAUAUCAUUCAGAGGAUGCACCUUCGGCAGUACGAGCUCUUGUGAUGGGAGGGGGUUGCAACACAGACUCUGAACCUUCACCUCCGGUCUCUCCCUGAAGCCCACCCCUGUCGACCUGUUCCUAACUCGGUGUACUCUUGGGGACUCCUGAAGUCAAACUAGACAUGAGCUACAGAGUAACCUGGAAAGACUAUUGAAAUACUGCAAAACACAGAAUACAUCCAAGCCAGAUCAGCUGAACUGCACUUUAGCACUGAGCUCAGGACUCAAACCCAUUUCACCACACACACAAGCGUGUACACGCUGACAUAACACCGAACUCUCUCUCUUUCACACCAUUAGUUUAUAUUUUGAGACACACACACUUAGACACACAUGCUCUCAAAUGUACCCUCCGAUAACUGCUUGCUGUUCUGAAAAAGAACACGCUUUUACUCGACUACAUGGUCCUGGACUGGGUGAGCUCAGAGUCUUAGCUGCUUACUGUCUGCAGCCACAGAUUGACUGGCUCAGUGCUUUCAAUGACUUCACAGCCAAGAUACCUACUAGGAGCAACGUUGAUGACUGACAAUGAACCGGAGAAGCAUCGUGGUGGGCAGGGCAUGGGGGGAGGGGAAUAUCUAUGUCAAUUUGGUGGAGCUUGGACACCAUGACGCUCACAGGAUUGUCACAUGACUUUGCCUUGUUUGUACAGCAGCGGGAGGAAAAAGGCCAACGUUCACAGAACUCAAUGGAGUGCAAAAAACAUAUACAGUACCAUAUAAGUGAAGAGAAGUCCGAUCAGCCCUGUUUCAGUCUCCAGUUGUUUUGUCUGUGUAAACUGUUGUGCCAUUGUGCCCCCCUCUCUCUCUCUUAUCACCCCUCCUCCCUGUCCACUCUCUUAACCUCACCUCAUACCCUGCACUGUUACUUUACUGGCAAUGCUCUUUGUUUUGUUUUUAAAGAAAAAAGUAAUCCUGAAAUUAAAAAAAAAAAAUAAGGAAGAAGAUAAUAAAUGGGAUUCUAUUCUUUACUCAUGUGGUCAACCCCCCCUCCACCCCUUCCUUCCAAGGCUAUUUGUAUGUCUGUCUUUACUUUACUGCUGAACUAUUAUUCUUGUACAGACUGUAAAAUGUAUUAUUUUGUACAACUUUAUUGAAAAAAUAGAAGAUCCCUGUGCCUUGAUCACGACUGUACGUGUAUAAUGAGCUAAAGUGGGUGUUAUACUGCGCUGUAUAGCUUGGCCAGUGUCCCCCAUCUCUCCAGGGAAGGAGGACAACCAUUCGUAGAUUUAGAUUUUUAUUUCUCUCCCCCAACUCCCCUUUAUGAUUUAAAUGUUUAUUUUUGGAUCCAUAUACCAAAAGAAAGAUAAAUAUAUGAAAUGUUUAUGGAUUUUUAAAAGUAUUUUAUUAGAAUCAAAGACACAAAUUGUACACUUGAUAUAGUGUGCGUAUUGCUAGAACUUAAAUCCUUUCCAAUUAGGUUUUGUUUCAUUAGUGACUUUCUGCAAACAACAUUUUGAAGGGUGAGUUUUAUUUACCAUUUUUAGCUUUAAGGUAAAGGGUGAUGGAAAAAUAUCCAAAUGCAAAACAUUGCUUGUUUCUACAUGAAUCUUUUCUUUUGCUAAAGAAAACAACAAUCAAAAAAUGGUAUUGUUUUGGGCUCCUUCCUAGUGUUCCACAACAGAGACUGUACAGUAUUACAUUUUCACUUCAGUGCCCUAGUUUUCAUUUAUUAUGUACAUCAAACAUGGGUUUCUACUUUCAGAAGAGGAGCUCUGCAAAAUAAAGUUGUUUUUUGGUGCAGACAG